AUGAAAAAUUAAUCAAUGUGUACAUGUGGGCAUCUGAAACUCCAUAUAAAUGGUCCCUCUUAAUGCCCUAGAUUAAUUACACACUUUAAAAAGAUGAUGGUCACUGACAGCUAUGUAGGCAUCUUUCAGUUAUACCUGUAAUUAAUGUACUCUCCCCCAAAUGCUGAAAUUAUUAUUAUUAUUAUUAUUAUUAAACAUGUAAAAAUUUUAGUUGAAAAAUUAAUCAAUGUGUGCAUGUGGGCAUCUGAAACUCCAUAUAAGUUGGUAACUCUUAAUGCCCUAGAUUAAUUACACGCUUAAUAAGAUGAUGGUCACAGCUAUGUAGGCAUCUUUCAGUUACACCCGUAAUUAAAUUACCCACCAUGUUGAAAAUAUUAGGGUUGGUUUGGGAUGUUCUAAAAAAGUGCACUUUUUGACUUAUUGACUUAUAUGGGUUGGGUUUGGAUUGGGUUUGAUGUAAUGGGUUAGAGAGGUGAUGUGAUUUAAAUAAGAUGAUGUGACUUAAAUAAGAUAGUGACUUUUUGACUUUUUGUAUUAUUUAUCCCAAACCAAGCCUUAGUAUCAAAUAGAGAAAUAUUAUGAUAGCGGAAUAUUAUGAUAGCGGAGUUUUUUAAAUAUGAUUUGAGAAUAGACUUGUAUUUUGAGUUUGUGAAUUUGAAAAUUAUGAUUUAAGUGUAUAAAAUUUGUUUGGUUAUGAGUUUUAAAUUGAGUUUUGAGUUGAGUGUUGAAUUGAGUUUUGAAUGUUUGAUGUGACAUGUGAAAUAAGAAAAUUUGUGUGGUUUUUCAAAACUUAAUUCAAAUUGUUAUAACUCAUAACCAAAUACAUUACGCAAAAUUCCAUUGAAAUUCUAAUCAAUAUUCAUAACCAAUUUUUUUUUUAAAUUUAAUUAAAAAAAUUAAUUAUUAACAAAAAACAACAUUAACCAAUUUUUUGAAUUAAAAAUAUUACAAAGAAAAUAAUUUUUUUUUCAAAAUAAAUAUUCAAUUACUGAUUUAAGAUAAUUUUUAGGUCAUGUUUGUUUGGGUGGACAUGAGUUUGAGAUUAGAUUAAUAGUCCAAUAAAAUUAUUAAUCCGAUAUUUGGUUAAACAAUUGGAGUAUAAACUAACAAUCCAUUCUACAUAUGAUAUACUAUUCAAUCCCACAGAGGGGUGAGAUAUAAAUUGGAGGAUUAAGUUAAAGUUUAGACUAUUAGUUCUUCCUUAUAAUCAUAUCGCAAUCCAAACAUAGGAUAUGAUAUACAAUUUAAAGGGAUUCGUAGUCUUAGGAUUAUUAGUCAUGGGAAUGCUAAUUCAAUCUAAUUCAGUUCGCUCAAACAAACUUGGCCUUAUUAUAUAUUUGGUUCAAAUUAUUUUUUUAAAAUAUUUUUGAUUUAAAAUAUAAAAAAUAUAUAUUAUUUUUGUUAAAAAAGUCAAAAGCAAAUUCCUUUCUUUUUUUUCUUUUUUUUUUUUCAAAUAACAGGUGACAUUUGCACCCAAAAAAAAAAAAAAAAGAAAAAAAAAAUUCCGGACAUCUGGGGAGAUGUCUAGGAGGACAUGUCUAGGAGGACCACCAGUAGACCAAAAGCGCUCUUUUGAACAUUCAAAAUUUAAAAACUCACUGUAUUGUUAAGUAGGUUUUCAAAUGAGUUUUGAAAUAUGACUUGGAAUUAAUUUUGGAAAACUUGAACUAAACAAUAUGUUAAAAAUAACUUUGGAAUUAAGAUUUUAGAACUAUACCAAACACAACGUAUAUAUCUCGUACAUAGAUAUUUAUGAAUAGUUCUCUUGUUUAAGAUAAUUAUUAAGAAAUUAGAUUGGCGAUAUAAAAUCCUGAAAUAAACAGGUGAUAUAUAAUUGUUCUUAAUAGAAUAUAUUCUCAAUCAGCAUGGUAUUCUUGUUCCUAAAUUACUAGUCCAUUAAAUUUGUCUUAAUACUCCUUGUGGUACAAUCAUGUCUCUUGAUUUUUAUAUCUUGUUUUUCGCACUACAAAACGUAUGAAUGAUUAAGAGUGCAUUAAAAACAAGAGACAGAUUCUGAGAUACUAAGAUCCAAGCAUCAUCUAUAAUGCCCUCAAUCUCCCUCAUAUUCUUGAAGUACUACGUUGAAGUCUUGAACAUAAAAAUAUUAUUAAUAUAAAUAAAUUCAUAAAAAAAUAUUAAAAAAAAAAACUUUAUUUAGCAUUUCCUAAUCUUUCAAAGUACUUACUCAUUUUGGAACAUCAAAUUGGAAGGGUAUCUCAUCACAUUAUUAAAAGUUCUUAGCUGUAAAUCCCUACUAUUUAUUUGUGCAUUUUCUCAUUCUCUUUGUGUGUGUGUGUGUGUGUUUUGAAAAUGAACACACUCGUUUUGGAUUGAAAUGAUUGGUAUAAUGAUAUACUUUUAUAUAUUAUAUUUGAUUUAUCAUAUAAAUUAUCAGUAUUACUUUUAAUUUGUCCCUCCACUUACGUCUAUUUCUAAUGUAGUUGACAACUUGCAUGAGAAAUCAAAUAUAAUAUAAAAAUUUGAUUAUUAUAAUAUUAUUAUUGUUAUUUAUUUAUUGAAUUUAUACUUGUCAUGACUUGGGGCCUUCAAAUAUGGUGCCAAAAACACGACUUCUAUAAGCCCUUAUUAUGUUCAUGAUUUGUACAUUAAUAUAAUGUCAACAAUAUCUUCUAGCAAUAUAGCUUAAUAAUUUGUCAAAAAAGAAAUUAUUAUUUGGUGAGCACCGUUGUAUAGAUUACGCACAUACAAAAAAAAAAAUUAUAAUGAUUAAUAAGCUUGUUAAUACAACUCCUUUAGCUUAUAUGGGUAAUAUUAAGGACUCAAAACCUGUACCCAAAAAAAAAUUGUUAGAAAAUUUAAUAGUUAUCCACAUUCAUUCAAGAUGUGAACUCUAUUAUAGAAGAGUUGAAUUAAAACCUCACACGGUAUUUUAUUUAGUAUAUUUUUGGGUAUGAAUUUUGUACACAUUUUUACUUUGUCGCUAUCCUGUACUCUUUUACUGUAUUUAUAUCCUAUACUCUCACAAGUCACAAAGCUUAUUAAUAUAACUCAUUUAAUCUUUUAUAUCUAUAUCCCAUACUCCUCAUACUCCUCCUCUUCCUCCUCCUCCUCCCUCCCGCUUUCUCUCUCAACCAUGGAGCACUAUGGCGAGAGAAGUCUAUGCAGCUUCAUAGAUGAAGAGAGGAAAGCCAUACAAUCACCAACUCACCUCUCCUUCAAAACCCUCCAAGAAAUGUCUGAACAAGACAUCCAUUUCAGCCCUACAAGGCCUUCCACACCCUCAACAACUGCCUCAAUGUACUCACUCAUGCCACCACCUAGCCCAGACUCACCCUGGACUCUCUCCCCUCUCCAAACCCCCUCCCCCUCCCUCCUCCACCACUGCAUCGCUUCCCUCCACCGCCAUGACGGCAACAUCUACUCCAUUGCCGCCUCCCGUGGCCUCGUCUUCACCGGCUCCACCAGCAGCCACAUCCACAUCUGGCGGCAGCCGGACUGCAUGGAGAGAGGCUGCCUCAAGGCAAGCUCCGGUGAUGUCCGAGCCAUGUUAGCUUAUGGAAACAUGCUCUUCACUUCACACAAAGACUACAAGGUUAGAGUAUGGAAUAUCACUGCUUCAGAGAGUUUUAGGUCAAAAAAAGUCCGAACCCUACCUAGAAAAAGCUCAUUUCUAUUGUUUCCUAGGGUUAAUAGAAACCAACACAAGGACUGUGUCUCUUGCAUGGCUUAUUACCAUGCAGAGGGACUUCUAUACACCGGGUCAUGGGACAAAACAGUCAAGGUUUGGAGGAUAUCGGACGGUCGAGCUGUGGACUCAUUUGUGGCUCAUGAUGACAAUGUCAAUGCAAUUGUGGUGAAUCAAGAAGAUGGGUGUGUAUUCACUUGUUCAUCUGAUGGUUCAGUGAGGAUUUGGAGGAAAGUAUAUGGACAGAGCUCUCAUACUCUCACCAUGACACUCAAGUUCCAACCGUCACCGGUCAAUGCAUUGGCAUUAGGCACCUCACUCACCUCUUGCUUUCUUUACUCGGGAUCCGCAGAUGGGUUCAUAAAUUUUUGGGAAAAAGAGAAGUUAUCCAGUAGGUUCAACCACGGAGGGUUCUUACAGGGUCAUCGUUUCGCAGUCCUUUGCUUGGUGGCGAUCGAGAAGUUGAUUUUUAGUGGGUCUGAGGACACGACGAUUAGGGUUUGGAGGAGGGAGGAAGGCAGUUGCUUCCAUGAGUGUCUUGCCGUGUUGGAUGCUCAUAGAGGGCCAGUGAGGUGUUUGGCUGCAUCUUUGGAGAUAGAGAAAGUGGUGAUGGGGUUAUUGGUGUACAGUGCAAGUUUGGAUCAAACAUUUAAGGUUUGGAGGAUUAAGAUUUUGCCUGAUGAGAGGAAGAUUUGCUCUGAUGGCGGAAUGGACCACAGUGAUUUGAAGAUGAAGAUCAUGGAGUAUGAGAUGAGUCCUGUGUUGUCUCCUUCAUGGGUAGAGAAGAAGAUUCAAGGUAGUCAUCCUUUUCACUAGAUUGAAAAAAUAAAAAAAUAAAUGCAUGUAUUGUAGAGUCCACACCGAAUUGGUAGCAAUAUAGAUUUGUCCUACCAUUGGUAAACUUGUAAUCAUAUGUAUUCAAAUGCUCCCUAUGCUAUAUACAUAAUCAUUUGAAUAA